AUGAUGACUAACGUGGCCGGUGGUCUCGAACAUGAUGUUUCUAUGGACGAGUGCAAAUGCUUCUGUGCGAAUAGCAAGACUUCUCGUCGUUACUCAUUUGAAUGUCUGUCAGCAACUUACUAUCACGAAGAACGUGACUGCAUUCUGAAUCUGGACGAUCGACAUCGGAAUCCACAACUUCUGGAGAAGCAAAGCAGUGAUUAUGCCGUGACUUAUCUUGCAAUGACCUGCGGAAAAGGUAUUGUUGGCUUUUCUGUUAGUAUAGAGGUGGAUGGCGUGAUAGGCGACAGAUUUCUCGUUUUAACGGCAUUUUUUUCUGGAAAAAAAUUGCCCAUAGUGAGAGGACCUGAAAAAAGGAUAAUCUCGCGGUUUUUUCCUUCCAUUCACAUCAUCAUAGCUGAACGCUAUGCCUGA